AUGUCCGACAAUAGACCGCUGCACCUUCCCUCUCCGUUCUCUUUGGCUUUCUUAUCAAACUGGCUCCGGCGGUUUCUAGCUCCAGCAAGUUCCACGUCGAGGCUCGUCAAACUGCGGAGGUUGAUAUCAUUGCCGUUGGAUUUGGAGUUGCUGACUUUUAGACUCGAGCAAUCCUUGGUCCAAGCUGCAAUUAAGAAGCGCUAUAUCCACUGCAAAGGGUUGGCAGGUGCAUUGCCAGUGUUUUGUAAGUGUUCGGUUGUUUUUAAGCACAUAAAUGAAACUAGAAUUGCUUCUUCAAAUAAUUCAUUAAAAAAUUUUGUGUGCAGAAGUAGUGUAAGUGGAGAUGACUGUGUAGCUUUUGCAGAUUUUAAUAUGGACUAUCAGGGUUGCUGGAACACAUGGAAUAAUAUUAAGAAACAUAUAUCUACUUUUGAAUUUGAUUACGAUAAGAAAUCUAAUGGGGCUAUGGUCCGUUCCAUUUCUGGAAGGAAUUCAUUGUUGGUGAAGGAUCCUCCCCGUAAAGAAGUUCAUCCAGCCGUUGAAAAUUGUAGAGCAGCUGGCAUCAGAGUUAUGGUUAUUAUUGGUGGUCACUGGACAUUGGGGGCUGAACACAGACAUAAACAAGAAGUGAGACUGUUCAAAGAAGAUGGUGAAGUUGUUUCAAUGACCGGUGAUGCAGUCAAUGAUGCACCUGGCUUGAAACUGGCUAAUACUAGUGUUGCAAUGGGAAUUGCAGGAAUUGAGUUUGCGAAAGAAGCUUCUGCUGUGGUUCUGGGCUUUCUGGCUGAUGAUAAUUUCAGCAUGUUGUACAAAUACAAGGUACAUGAUCUCCACAAAAUGGUGAGGUUGCCUCCACAUUUUUAUUGCGGCUAUGGGUAUCCCGGUGGGUCUAUCCCAGCUCUUAUUUCGCCGGCGACAAUGUCUGGACGUGGAAAGGGGGGCAAGGGACUUGGAAAGGGCGGUGCCAAGCGUCACCGUAAGGUUCUCCGGGACAACAUUCAGGGAAUCACCAAGCCAGCUAUCCGUCGUUUGGCCCGUAGGGGUGGAGUCAAGCGUAUCAGCGGUCUGAUUUACGAGGAAACUCGGGGCGUGCUGAAGAUCUUUUUGGAGAACGUUAUCCGUGAUGCCGUGACCUACACUGAGCACGCUCGCCGGAAGACGGUGACCGCCAUGGACGUCGUUUACGCGCUGAAGAGGCAAGGAAGAACUCUGGUAGUUUGGUCCGUAGAUUUUAGUAUAUCAUCUAGAAGUCUUGCUGUCAAGAAAGAAUAUAAACAAAAAAGAAAUCCUUCAUUAUUAGGUUUCAAAAUGUCUGUAUUUAGUCCAGUUAAGAUUUUGCCAGUGUUUUUUGGAUUAUUAUCACUAAUUUCAAAUAAUCGCUUUUAUUUUGGAGUAAUAAACAGUAAAAUGGGGUUUUUUGACCUAAACAUCCCGUACCACGAAUCCGAUCGUUAUGUCGCCGCCGAUAAAUCCACCCUCAAAUCAAUCCGCCUCAAGCUCGCCGUUAAAGCCGCCGAAUUAGGCUACACCGGCGUUGCUUACAACCGUGUUAUCAAGGGUGUGAUGUCCGACAAAGACCGUUGUUCCAUCCCGCCUUUUGCUCUGUCUUCUCUUAUCAAGCUGGCGCCGGCGCUGUCUAGCUCCGUCAAGUUCCACCGUGAGCUGCUAAACGUCCCCGUUUCAACUCCUUUCCGUCAGUACACGAGGUUGACCGUUGUCGUUGAUAGUCCGGCUCAGACCGCCGCUCUUAACUCCGGUAAUCCUGUGCUUAAGUCGUAUGAUAUUGUUGCUGUGAGGCCGCUGAAUCAGAACUCAUUUGAACAGGCUUGCCAAACUGCGGAGGUUGAUAUCAUUGCGAUUGAUUUUUCAGAGAAAUUGCCUUUUAGGCUUAAGCAAUCCAUGGUCCAAGCUGCCGUUAAGCGGGGGGUGUAUUUUGAGAUAUCUUACUCUGGUCUCAUUGUGGAUGCUCAAUCAAGGAGGCAAUUAAUAUCCACUGCAAAGCUACUGGUGGACUGGACUCGAAGGAAAAAUCUAAUUGUGUCAAGUGCUGCUCCCUCUGCAGCUGAACUGAGGGGGCCUUAUGACGUUGCUAAUUUGUUGUUCUUACUUGGUCUUCCAUUUGAACAUGCCAAAGCUGCUAUUUCCAAGAACUGUAGAUCUCUCAUAGAGGUGGCAUUGAGGAAAAAACAGUAUUUUAAGGAGGCAAUAAAGGUUGAAGUGAUUCCUUCAAGUGGAAAUUCUAAUUGUGAGACACCACCAUUUAGUGACUGGCUUAAGUGGGAUCCAAUAUCUAGUGGCGAAGGUGACUUACUUUUGGAUGACAUAGAGAAGUUCUUCGCCGGUAAUGAUAGGGUAUGUAAUACUGUCAACUCAGUCAGACUUGCCGCGGCUUUGAAUAGCCUGCCUCCCCAUGGUUUGCAGAUGAAGAAGGUAUCAUCUAUUGAUAAGUUUGUCCCAGAGGUUUUGGACGGCGUUGAAAAACUGCCUUCUACUGUGGAGAGUCAGGUGUCAACGUAUGGACAAUCAGAAGAGCCAUGUGCGGCUAACUCCCAAACUCUGGAAGCUCAACAUGCUGAGGAAAUCGGACAUCAGUACCCCAGCCAGUUGACUUCUCAAAAUCAUUCUUUGUCCAGUAGUACAGUAAAUGAUUCUUCUCAAGUGGAUAAAAAGAGUAACCUAGGUGCGUUAGAGGAAUUGAAUAGUGCAAAGGAGUUAAUACGUCUUCCCAUUUCUGAUGUUACGUUACGUAGUUUGGAUUCAUAUAAUUGCUCGGGUAGUACUUUGGUCCCUUCAACAGAUGGAGUUACGAAUAUCAUUUGUGAAUAUAAUACUGAUACUGCUCAAGCCCAUGAUAAUGUUUCCCCUGGAAAAAAUGCGAAACCAUCCUCUCCUGGUGAAGAAUCUGCUUUGCCAAUUAGCUCCCCUGUAGAUUUGCACAUUGUCAUUGACAAAGGCAAGAAUGGGACAGUCCGAGAAAAUGGAGAGAAGCCUCCUUUUGCCCUGCCUGACGCCUCUUCAAAUGAAAGGUCAAACAAUACAGACUUUCCAGAAAAAUUGGACAACUUCGUUAUUUCUAAUGAUGCUUUUACUUGUGAGGCAUCUCAUAAUCUUAUAACGAGGGAGAAUGAUUCGGUUUCAGUAGUUGAACCAAUGCAAGAGGAUAGUCUAGAGGACGAAAAGGAAACAAAGGGCAAUCAAAUUCUGGGUAAACCUGUAGCAGGUAGAAGACGACGUAAACGGAGGGCUGAUUAUUCGCAUUUCCCUUUUCAUCUCAAGCAUAUCUUGAAUUUAAAACCUUUCAAGAAGACUAGAAAGUAAAAUCCAUGUUAAUUAUGUAAGAAACCUCUGAGUUUUUCAGUCAUUUCUGUGUUUUAUGUUGGUAAUAUAGCUGAAGAUAUUUCCUCUUUCGUACUAACAUUGGAAUUUGGGUUUUGUUUUUUUGUUUUUUUUUUUCAUUCAUAUGUAAUGGCAGUAUUUUGGACUUAUUUAUUGAUCUUUCUGAACCUAUGUUAUUCAUGAAGUAGCAAAAAAUCUGAACUCUCUCGUUUACUUUUAUCCAUCAAUUAAAACACAGGUACCUUUAUCUCCUUUCACCUCCCUGGAAAAUUAAUUAAACUUGGGAACAAAAAUGAAAAGAAACCACAUCAAGACCUGUUUUAGAAUUUGUGACUACUGUUUUCCCGCAGAAUAUAUUUUUUCGUUGACACAUUAUGUUGAUUAUUAGAAAUGUGUAUGUUGUUUAUUAUUUAAAAUUAAUCGACUAAUUUGCUCUGUAAUGUUAAUAGGUUAUAGUAAACUACUUUCGAUUCUUUUCGUUUACUUAGUUUUGUUUAUAUUGUCCAGUGGAUAUGUUCUACUGAUGUUAGUAGAAGAAAUCGCUGCUCUGUACGAUGAAGGCUUCAACUGAAAAUCCUCUGUC